UAAAAAUUCCGUCGCAGUUCUCCAACGAGGCAUAAUUUUUCUACUUAUCCUAGGAAUCAUGUGCGCGUUUUCUUUACUUGUGUGGUCAUUGAUGCUGGGCAUUGUCAAUGCCCAGAAUAUUUUAAAUUCCAAUUUUGAAUUUAUGUACCGAUUCGGAAAUUUAACAUAUUUCAAUCGGACGCGAUUCCGUAGAGACAAAGGGUCUGAGUUUGUGUGCCCCACUAACGAUAUUACAUCAAAAUUAGCCACAUUUCUGCAGUUGACAGUUGCAGACUUCCGGAUUAUCACAGCGAUCGAACGCGACAUAUCCAACCUUAUAACGUGGACCCAUGAAGACGAAGAUGAUUCAAUAGUGUUGUCAUUGUACGUACGUUCCAAAAAUGAAGUUCAGGGAGGCCAAAUUACAAAAUCUUUACGAGUUGAUAUUGCGGAAAUGAAAAAAAUAGGCUUUGAUCCGAAAAAGAAAACUGUCUUUGUCUCGCAUGGAUUCCUUGCCUCUGGUCGUGUUGACUGGAUGGACCGCAUGAUGGAGGCCUAUUUAGGAUACGAGGAUGUUAACUUUAUUAUGGUGGAGUGGUAUAAGCUGUCAAACAUUUAUCGUUACAUCGAUGCUGCUAAGAAUACUGUGACAGUAGCGAACCAAGUUAGAGAUUUGGCAAAGGAGAUUGUCGCAGCCUAUCCCGCUAAGACCAAAUGGGGAGAAAUUCACUUAAUUGGGUUCAGCCUGGGUUCCCACGUGGUUGGAAUGAUUGGCAAUCACUUCAAGGAUCCAUCCAACGCUCCCUUAACACAAUGGCGUGUUGCUAGAAUCACAGGUCUGGAUCCGGCCCACCCGUGCUUCACCGAUAGUCAAUUUUCAUUGAGCAAGAAUGAUGCACCGUUUGUUGAUAUUAUUCACACCAGCGGAAAUCGACAAAUGGGAAUGACUCUUGGCAUGGCUAAGCCAAUAGGUCAUGUUGACUUUUAUGUCAACGGAGGUGAAAUUCAGCCCGGUUGCGCCGUACAUUUGAAAAUAGUCCCGGACACAGUAAAAGAUUGGGCUAGAAAACUUGCGGAUUUCCUGCUUAAAAAAGAAUUUCCCGAAUUUGAAUGGUUCGUGGACGUGGGGGAAUGGAUACUUGGGAAAAUAACAGAAACAGACACGUACAAGGACUUGGAGGAUUUUUUGCCAAAUCUGUACGUGGGUUAUUGCAGCCACGUAGCGGCCCCCGAGUUAUUUAUCGAAUCGUUAGACCUGGCUGCUGCUGGUGGAAAAUCAUCCUUAACUGGGAUAGAGUGGAAUUACGAUGUCUGCGAUGCAUUAUCUUAUGUUUAUACCCACACCUGUAAUCCCCAAAGAAAGUGCCAAAAGUUCGGAAUCAAGGCCCAACCUGGAGUGCAAGGAAUAUUUUUUGUGCCCACAGCAAAGCAUGCACCUUAUCAUGAACUCAAUGAUGAUGACGUUAACGAAAUCUCGGUCGAACUGGAGCGACUUCGAUCUGAGGGGAAACCCCGUUACAUGUAAGUAAAAUAUGGACAACGAGAUGGAACCAUCGAUACCUAUUAAAAGAAAAAUCAACUUGAAAAGGACAUAUAUAUUCUAUUACUUCGCUGUGAAACUUUCUGUCGCUUCGUAUCAUGUCAGAAAGAUAUAAAAAUUAUUUUAUGUAAAAUGUAAUAAGUUUUUAUUCUCUGGAAUUCACGAAUGACAUGAUGCAUUUAGUAUUUCCGCUACAAUUAUCUCUCUUUUGAUAACUCAUGCGAAUAAUAUUAGACGACGUGGUCACCAGUGAACGAUAUGGAAUCUUAUAAAAUAAAAUGGAAAUACAGCAUAUCACAGGAAUGUUCAAUGUUGAAAAAUAAAUUUCUAUAAACCA